AUGUCAGACAAUCUUGAAGACGUUCCUAUUGAAGUCUCAAAAGUUUUCGACACCAUCUUGGUGUUGGACUUUGGUUCUCAAUAUUCCCACUUGAUCACUCGUCGUUUGAGAGAAUUUCAAGUUUAUGCUGAAAUGUUGCCAUGUACCCAGAAAAUCUCUGAAUUGUCAUGGAAACCAAAAGGUAUAAUUCUUUCAGGUGGUCCUUACUCUGUUUACGCAGAGGACGCUCCCCACGUUGACCACGAUAUCUUUAAGCUCGAUGUUCCUAUUUUGGGUAUUUGUUACGGUAUGCAAGAACUCGCUUGGAUCAACGGAAAAGGUGUUGCAAGAGGUGACAAGAGAGAGUAUGGACCUGCCACUUUGGAUGUGAAAGACAAGAAUUGUGCUUUGUUCAAAGGUGUCGACCAUUCACAAGUUUGGAUGUCCCACGGUGACAAGUUGCAUGCAUUACCAACCGGGUUUGAAAUUGUGGCUACUUCAGAAAACUCUCCAUACUGUGCUAUCGCAAACGAAAAGGACCAAAUUUACGGUAUCCAAUUCCACCCUGAGGUCACCCACACCAUUCAAGGUAAACAGUUGUUGAAAAACUUUGCAGUUGAUAUCUGUAAAGCCAACACCAACUGGAGUAUGGAAAACUUUAUUGACACUGAGAUUGCCAGAAUCAGAAAGUUGGUUGGACCAACUGCUGAGGUUAUUGGUGCCGUUUCUGGUGGUGUUGACUCAACUGUUGGAGCCAAGAUUAUGAAAGAGGCUAUUGGUGACAGAUUCCAUGCCAUCUAUGUUGAUAACGGUGUUAUGAGAUUGAAUGAGACUGAAAGUGUUAAGAAGACAUUGGACGAAGGUUUGGGAAUCAAUUUAACUGUGGUCGAUGCUGGUGACUUGUUCCUUAGCAGAUUGAAAGGUGUUACUGACCCUGAAAAGAAGAGAAAAAUCAUUGGAAAUACAUUUAUUCAUGUUUUUGAAGACGAGGCAGCCAAGAUUAAACCACAUGAUGGCUCUGAAGUUGAAUAUCUCUUGCAAGGUACCUUGUACCCUGAUGUUAUUGAAUCUAUAUCAUUCAAAGGUCCAUCACAAACAAUCAAAACCCAUCACAACGUUGGUGGUUUGUUGGAAAACAUGAAAUUGAAAUUGAUUGAACCAUUGAGAGAAUUGUUUAAAGAUGAAGUUCGUCAUUUGGGUGAAUUAUUGGGUGUUCCUCAAGAUCUCGUUUGGAGACACCCAUUCCCUGGUCCAGGUUUGGCUAUUAGAGUUCUCGGUGAAGUGACCAAGGAACAAGUCAAGAUUGCUCGUGAAGCUGACGCAAUUUUCAUUGAAGAAAUCAAGAAAGCUGGUUUGUAUAGACAAAUUUCUCAAGCAUUUGCAGCUUUGUUGCCAGUGAAAUCUGUUGGUGUUAUGGGUGACCAAAGAACCUACGAACAAGUUAUUGCUUUGAGAGCUAUUGAAACUGUUGAUUUUAUGACUGCAGAUUGGUUCGUAUUUGAAGCAGCAUUCUUGAAGAAAGUUGCAUCAAGAAUUGUCAAUGAAGUUGAUGGUGUUGCACGUGUGACUUAUGAUAUUACUUCUAAACCUCCUGCUACUGUUGAAUGGGAGUAA